AGUUUGCUAUUGCCUUGCCCACCGCUACCAUUGGAUUGGAGACUGGACUGGAGAGCCAAGCCCAAGAGUCUGCGCAUUGCAAGUCAAUAGAUCAACAAAAUAUUACUGCCUUAAACACGCGACACUCAAGAAAGUAAUGGAAGGGUGCUGCUGUCAGACUAAGACUAAAGCCAAAGGCAUGGCGGAAGAAAGAUUCAAAAUCAAAGGGAAAGUAGUGUUGAUGAAGAAGAACGUUUUGGACUUCAAUGAUGUUACAGCUUCAUGUUUUGAUCGGAUUCAUGAGUUGUUUGGCAAAGGUGUCUCUAUCCAACUUAUCAGUGCCGUCAAUCCAGACCCAGAGAAUGAUCUGCGAGGGAAGCAUGGAAAGGUAGCAUUCUUGGAGAGCUGGGUAAAAAAAAUAACACCGAUGGCAGCUCAAGAGACAGAAUUCAAUAUUACUUUUGACUGGGAUGAAAGCAUGGCUGUUCCAGGAGCUUUCAUAAUUAGAAAUCACCAUCAUAGCCAGCUAUACCUCAAGACAGUCACAUUAGAAGAUGUUCCUGGACAUGGUAGGGUACAUUUUGUCUGCAAUUCAUGGGUCUACCCAGCUCAUCGUUACAAGUAUGAUCGAGUAUUCUUCUCGAACAAGACCUACCUUCCAUGCCAGACGCCUGAGUCCUUACGCAAAUAUAGAGAAGAAGAACUUAUAAAUCUGCGAGGAAAUGGAAAAGGUGAGCUAAAGGAGUGGGAUAGAGUGUAUGACUAUGCUUACUACAAUGAUUUGGGAAGUCCAGACAAGGGAAAAGAAUAUGCUCGCCCUGUUCUUGGUGGACCAGGAAAGUAUCCAUAUCCUCGAAGAGGAAGAACUGGUCGGAAACCAACAAAAACAGACCCUGAUUCUGAGAGCAGAUUGCCUCUUCUGAGUCUAGAUAUCUAUGUUCCUAGAGACGAACGGUUUGGUCACCUGAAAUUUUCAGAUUUUCUUGCCUAUGCUCUGAAGUCAUUAGUUCAGGUAUUACUGCCAGAGGUUAAAUCCUUAUGUGACAAGACUAUAAAUGAAUUUGAUUCCUUUGAAGAUGUUCUUAAGCUCUAUGAAGGGGGUCUUAAGCUUCCAAAUGCGGCUUUAACCAGUAAAAUACGGAAGAGCAUCCCAUGGGAGAUGCUCAAAGAACUUGUUCGUAAUGAUGGUGAGAGAUUCCUCAAAUUCCCAAUGCCUGAUGUAAUCAAAGCGGACAAGUCUGCGUGGAGGACAGAUGAAGAGUUUGCACGAGAAAUGCUCGCCGGAGUCAAUCCAGUCAUCAUCAGUCUUCUCCGAGAGUUUCCUCCAACCAGCAAGCUAGACCCUAAAGAAUUUGGAAACCAGAACAGUACAAUAAGGAAAGAGCACAUAGAAGGGAACAUGAAUGGUCUCACAGUAGAUCAAGCAAUCAGAAUCAACAGGUUGUUUAUAUUAGAUUAUCAUGAUGCAUUGAUGCCAUACCUGACGAAAAUAAACUCCACAACCACAAAGACAUAUGCUACAAGAACGAUCCUUUUACUGCAAGAUGAUGGGACCUUGAAGCCAUUGGCAAUUGAACUAAGCCUCCCACAUCCUCAAGGGGAACGCCAUGGAGCAGUCAGCAAAGUUUUCACUCCAGCACAACAUGGUGUUGAGGGCUCAAUCUGGCAGCUGGCCAAAGCUUAUGCUGCUGUAAAUGAUUCCGGAUAUCAUCAGCUAAUUAGCCACUGGUUGAACACACAUGCUGUAAUAGAGCCAUUCAUAAUUGCCUCAAACAGACAGUUGAGUGUUCUUCACCCAAUAUAUAAACUUCUGCAUCCCCACUUCCGCGAUACAAUGAACAUAAAUGCCUUGGCUAGGCAGAUUCUCAUCAAUGCUGGUGGUAUCCUUGAGAUUACUGUCUUCCCAGCCAGAUAUGCCAUGGAACUAUCAGCUGUUGUUUACAAGAACUGGGUUUUCACUGAGCAGGCACUUCCUGCUGAUCUGCUCAAGAGAGGAGUUGCAGUUCCAGAUUCAAGCCAGCGUCACGGUCUCAGGCUUCUAAUAGAAGAUUAUCCUUAUGCAGUUGAUGGUUUAGAAAUCUGGUCAGCAAUUGAAACUUGGGUUGAGGAGUAUUGUGAUUUCUACUACCCAACAAAUGACUUGGUUCGUAACGAUAGUGAACUUCAGUCGUGGUGGACAGAGAUCCGCAAUGUAGGCCAUGGUGACAAGAAGGAUGAACCAUGGUGGCCUGAGAUGCAGACACGAGCUGAUCUUAAGCAAACAUGCACUAUAAUCAUAUGGAUAGCUUCAGCGCUUCAUGCAGCUGUUAACUUUGGGCAAUACCCAUAUGCUGGCUACCUCCCUAACCGUCCGACAGUAAGCCGCCGUUUCAUGCCUGAGCCAGGUACCUCCGAGUAUGCUGAACUUGAGAAAGACCCAGAAUUGGGUUUCCUGAAAACAAUCACAGCCCAGCUACAAACCCUCCUUGGCGUAUCCCUAAUUGAGAUUUUAUCAAGGCAUUCAACUGACGAGGUUUACCUUGGGCAGAGGGAUACUCCCGAAUGGACUUCAGAUCGUGAACCCCUGGCAGCAUUCGAGAGAUUUGCAAAAAGACUGUCAGUUAUUGAAAACAAAAUUAUGGAAAUGAACAAUGAUGAGAAAUGGAAGAACAGAAAUGGUCCUGUAAAGGUUCCUUACACCUUGCUCUUUCCUAAUACCUCAGAUAAAUCGAGAGAGGGUGGACUCACUGGCAAGGGAAUUCCUAACAGUAUCUCUAUAUAAUGUAUUGAUUUCUUUUAUCGCAUUAGUAAUUAAAUUUUGAAACCGUAAGCUGUUAAAAGUAGUCUUUUGAAAAUUAUGGUAGCCAAGUGAUUUUUAUUUCAAUAUUUAUUUUGUUCUCUCCUUAAUAAAAGGCAAGUAUAUCUACAGAAUUUUAGGUUAAUCGGAUAGAAUGUUAGCCCAGUUAAGGUCAAGUUCACUGGCAAAAGUGUAUGAUUUGUAAAGGGAGUAUAGGUGGAUAAAUAAUGUUUACUUGUGAUUGUUCUGUGUAA